AUUUUGAUAUUAAUUUGUAGAUUGAAGGGGUAGAUUUGGGCUAGAUGUGCCUAUAUUUAUGAAAGGAACACACAGAGACUAGCUUUGCUUGGUGCUGAUGAAUCGACAAUUAGAAAGGGGUGAAUUUCACGCCUUGUGUGUCGUCUAUGGUGGCAAAGGCACGCUGGGGGAGUCCUUUUCAAUGCAAAAAAGGGCGGUAAUUAGGACGCUUCUGGAGGUCUUGGAAUUGGUUAAAGAGCGACAACUACAGGGUAGGAUCAAAGGUUGUGACGAGUUUAAAAGGACAACAACAAAAGGAGACGCUCUUCAAUAUUUUUUUUUCUCGUUUGGUUACGAAAAGUUUUCGACAAUGAAGCUUAGGCCAAAUGAGUCAAUGCGGGACGGGAGUAGGCGAUGAUGUUGGUCAGGGGAUGGGUAGGUCAAGCUGAUAAUUCGUCUACCUUUAGUCGCAGUGUUUACGA